AUGCAGUUGUAUCAACAAUUAUUUAGACAUGGAAAAUGUUUAAGAUUUUAUCUGCAAUUUAGUAAAAAAGAAUGUACCAUGAACUACUUAUGUUCUUGUAAUACAAUUCAUACUGUGUCUUGUAUAUAUAAUAAAUGUAAUUAUGAAAAUGAUAAAGCACUAUCGCAAGAAAAAUUAAAGUCAAUUAAGCCCUUACCAAAUAUGUACGAUGAGACAGAAUUUGUUAAAACAACAAAUGUUCAAUCAAAGAAAAAGAUUACAUUUGCUGUAAAAUUAGUAAAUAACUCUCCACCUAAAAUAAAACCAUAUUUGAAACUUAUAAGGUUGGAUAGACCAAUAGGAUCUUGGUUAUUAUUUUGGCCAUGUGGUUGGAGUAUAGCCAUGGCUGCAGCACCAGGUACUCUGCCAGAUCUUAAACUUUUAACCCUUUUUGGAACAGGUGCAUUCAUUAUGCGUGGAGCAGGAUGUAUCAUAAAUGAUAUGUGGGAUCAAGAUAUUGAUGGGAUGGUAGCCAGAACAAAAGAUAGACCAUUGGUUACUAGAGAAAUUUCGCCUCUACAAUCAUUGAUUUUCCUUGGAAGCCAAUUAACUUUGGGAUUGCUUGUAUUAUUGCAACUAAAUCUUUAUAGUAUUAUAUUGGGUGCAAGCUCACUAGUCUUAGUAAUAAUAUAUCCAGUUAUGAAAAGAGUGACAUACUGGCCACAGUUAAUUCUUGGAAUGACUUUUAAUUGGGGUGCACUUUUGGGUUGGUCUGCUGUGCAUGGAUCAUGCAAUUGGUCUGUAUGCUUACCACUUUAUAUUGCUGGAAUUUGUUGGACACUUUUAUAUGAUACUAUAUAUGCACAUCAGGAUAAAGUAGAUGAUAUUAUAGUAGGCAUAAAGUCAACAGCUUUAAAGUUUGAAGACAAAACUAAAUUUUAUUUAUCUGGAUUUAGUAUAGUCAUGAUAACAGGGUUACUUACAUCAGGUAUAUUAAGUACACAGACUUGGCCAUAUUACACAGCAUUAGGAUUAGUUAGUACUCAUCUUGGUAAUCAGAUUUACAGUUUAAAUAUUAACAAUCCUGCAGACUGUGCAAAAAAAUUUAUCUCCAAUCACAAGAUAGGAAUGAUUCUUUUUACAGGAAUUAUUUUAGGAAAUCUCAUGAAAAACACUAAAUCUAAAAAAAGUGAUGAUGCUAUACAAGAGUCAGAAAAGGAACAUACUUUCACUGAAGGAAAGCAUCAUAAUUUAAGAAAUAAUUGUUAA